GCCGUGACAACCAAUAUGGCGGAAGUUGACAGUGGAAGUGACGAAUCUGCCAGCGUGGAGGAGAGCGAGAAGACACCAAACAUGGCUGAUAGCAGUCGAAAAAGCAGCUGCAGUCAGGCAGCUACGACUGCGAUUGACAUGUCGGAGGACACGCAAAACACUGGGGAACCCGGAAUUAAGAAUCCUACUGCCGAAGCAGACGCCGUCAAUCUGCAGAAUUAUCCCACGGGUCGCGAUGUCGGGCCAGCACUGGUUGCCGCCUCGGCAGCAUCCUUGGGAAGGUUGCAGGCAGCAGCGAACAUACGUUCCAGAUGUACUGGAGGUGGAGAUGAGGCGACCGCUCCAGCAAAACGUGCUCCGGGACCUCUGCAACCGAACCCACGCACGCUUGAGGAGAUAGAAGAGUGUCUCUCGGACCUGCUCUUCUGCAACGACAGCGAAAAAGGGCUCGGCAUUGUAGAUGGGAGGGACUCUGGUGUUCCAGCACUGGACCAGGUCGAGUGGGCUGUGGUGGCGUCUCACUCUCUAGCUGCAUUCGUGGCCACGCUGGACAUGCCCCUCCUCCGCGCUGUCACCCUGCGGAUGGUGGCGGAUGUGCGACUCUGGAUGUCGCAACUCUUCCGGUGGCCGGGAGCUUCCCUGUAUCUACACAGAGAUGCGGGUGAGGGUCUGGCUCGCGUCUGCCGUCAGGCCUUGCAUGCCAGGUUUUCCUGGCUCGUGAGUGACGGCUACUUCGCCUUCCAAGCGCACCAGCCGGUCCUCUACUUCGCAGCAUGUUAUAAGUCGGGAUUGAGGCACUACCUCUGCUCGCAGCUUGGGCUGCCUACGGCAUGCGCUCGUGUUGUGCCAUAUGGGACAGACUCUAGAAUGAACGUGGAGGCGCUGAAGCAACUUGUUGAAGGGGACCUUGAACGAGGCUUCACACCCACGGUUCUGGUAGCGAGCGCCGGUCAACCCUGGACAGGACUUUGGGACCCACUGGUGGAGCUCCAGGAGUUGUGCCGGCAACACAAGAUCUGGCUACACGUUGAAGGCCCAGCUCUUGCAUCCUUGUUCUUGGAACAAUCAACACCGAAGGAGGCUAGCCCCAGUGAAGUACCCUGGGACAGUGCCAUCCUGCCACUGGGGGACUGGUUUGGAGUUCGUGGUCUUCCAUACGUGACACUCUUCGGCACGUCGUGUGCCCCAGCAGAUGCACGGGCAGCUGGUCUGGACGCCUUUUCAGUGCAUGGUUCUGUGGAAUGCCUGCCACUCUGGGUCGCGCUCCAGGCAUUGGGCGAGCAAGGUGCUGUGGCACGUGUCCGACACUGCUUUGCUCUGACUGAACUUCUUGUUGAGCGGCUACAGCAAGUUUCCUGCAUUAAAAUUCUGGGUUGUGGCUCAGCAGAAGCGCGAUCGGCGUCUCCAGGUUUGCACAUCCCUGUAGCCAACGCUUUCCCAGUUGUGACGUUCCAGUAUGUCUGGCGAGGUAGUGAGACAGCGGGUGACGCCCCAGAAGGAGAGAACCCGGCAUACUUGAACGACCUGAACUCGUGGUUGGGGCAGAUGCUUUGCCGUGACCUUCCCCGAGUGCCCCUUGACCUUCUAGAGUUGAAGCAGCACGGCGUCUGUUUGUGCUUCUGUCCUAUAGAGAAUGCGCAGGCGUCGUACACAACUAUGGAAGACUUGGACGCUCUGCACAGCGCCCUACUCAAGCAGUUGUUUGUGAUCAAUGCGACGGUGCGCCAAAAGCGCAAGUUCCGUGCGUGCCUUACGGACCAUGUGCAACUGGAGUACGUUGGCCUCAAGGGUUGGGCAGGGCUUGGAGGGGUACGGUACCUACCGGACACCGCCAGCCGUCACGACGUCAACAGACUCAACGCCGAACUGGUGGCCAAGCUCAAGCAUACGGAUUCUGCCUUUUCUUUGGGCAAAGCGGAAGAUGGCAGCUGCUGCGUUCGUCUCGGGAUGGUCACGGAUGACUUGGACGUCGAGGAGCUUGUGGGUCUGGUGCUAAGCGCUGGUCAAGAACUGGAGGAGUCCUCAAAGGCCUUGGAGACCAUGUCGGAGUUGGUGAAGCAGGGCAUUGAGGAAGCGAGCCGGGAACUGCAGCAAGAGAACAAAGAAAAACAGGAAGGGAUAUUGAGGCAUGUGCCCUUGGUAGGCAGCCUCUUUGGAUGGUGGGCAGCCAAGGAGAGUGUGCGGGGCCGUACAUUCAACAUAUCUUCAGGUGUGGUGGAGAGCACAGAAAACAUCUACAAGUACCACAUGCAGGUUCAGGCCGAAGAGCCGCGUUUAGAAGCGAAGCCAGAGGCGACACUUCAGCAGGAGCCACAGGUGGUUCAGUAGUGGAUGCUGAAGGAGGUCUGAAGAGGGGCCAGCUUAUGCAAUGCAUCUAACUUGGGCAUUAAGGGGGAAGAAUCCGGGACCAGGAUGGAGCUAUGCACACCUCCUUGGAUGCUACGUCCUCCAGGCUGAAAUUGUGUUGAGGGGGGGACAACGACAGCUGGUUUGUCCAAGAAUAGGAGAGGGUAACCUCAUCCACUGUGAUAAUUCUAGUCACUGCUGGUAAAAUAAAGUAUUUUUUCAGUGUA